AUGAAGGAAACUACUCACAAGGUUGCUGAAAACUCUUCGACAGCCCACGACCGGUUUCGCCCUUCUUGCGGCUCAUCCGGUAGGCGCAUUCCCCGAGUUUCCUUCAACCUUAUGAUCUACUUGAACCCAAAUUGGACUGUUUUUGAGAAGUACACUCAUUUGCAAAUCGAUUUGAUACACUUCAUUAGAUAUGCCGAAUUCUCAACUAUUGACAUCUUACACCACGAGCUCACGCGAGAUGCACCUGAAUUACCACGUCUGAACGGGCUCAUGCUUGUGCGCGGUCAAGGAUAUACACAGCCGAUGAAGUCUGCUGGGGCGAAACUCGAGUCCAGUGCUUCCCCCAUUUGGUUGUGGCUCAGGGAUCUAACUACGUCCGGAAGAGAGAAGCACCGUUUAAACAAGAGCGGUGUGGAUACAGACGACAGUCUGUAUCUGCAAAUUAACGCGGAGAACAAUGCAGCUGUUUUCGAUGAUAUUACGAACGAUGACGGGACGCAGUAA